AUGGCGAUCCCUGUGAUUGAUUUCUCAAAGCUCAAUGGCGAGAAGAGGGCCGAGACAUUGGCUCAAAUUGCUAAUGGAUGUGAGGAAUGGGGAUUUUUCCAGCUGGUGAACCAUGGGAUUUCGGAGGAGCUCCUUGAAAGGGUGAAGAAGGUCAGCUCCGAGUGUUUUAAGCUUGAAAGAGAAGAAAAUUUCAAAAACUCAACACUAGUGAAGAAGUUGAAUGAAUUGGCAGAAACCAAGAGCGGCAAGUUGGAGAAUGUGGACUGGGAGGAUGUCGUUACUCUCUUAGACGAUAACGAGUGGCCAGCUCAAACCCCAGGAUUCAAGGAGAUCAUGGCUGAAUACCGGUCAGAAUUGAAGAAAUUGGCCGCAAAGGUCAUGGAAGUGAUGGAUGAGAAUUUGGGCUUACCAAAGGGAUACAUUAAGAAGGCAUUUGAUGGGGAAGGAGAUGAUGCCUUCUUUGGUACUAAGGUGAGCCACUACCCCCCAUGUUCCCAUCCAGAGCUGGUGAAUGGUCUCCGAGCUCACACUGAUGCCGGCGGUGUCAUCUUACUUUACCAAGACGAUGUGGUGGGUGGUCUUCAAAUCCUCAAAGAUGGGAAAUGGAUCGAUGUCCAGCCACUACCAAACUCCAUCGUCAUCAACACUGGAGAUCAGGUUGAGGUCUUAAGCAAUGGCCGAUAUAAGAGUGUCUGGCACCGGGUUUUGGCUGCUCCUGAAGGGAACAGGAGAUCAAUUGCUACAUUUUACAAUCCCUCACUUAAGGCCACUAUAUCCCCCGCACCACAGCUAGAGGAGAAUGUUAAGGAAGAGGUGGAUCAAGUUUACCCCAAGUUUGUGUUUGGUGACUACAUGUCUGUUUAUGCUGAGCAGAAGUUCCUCCCAAAGGAACCAAGGUUCCAGGCUGUGGGAGCCAUGUAA